AUGGACAGAGCCAUAUCUCAAAUCCUUGAUGCAUGCAAACUCACCCACGAACUCGAAGCAAGCCUCCCACACUUAGCAAACCAGCACCCCUCCCUCCUCAAAACCUCAUGCGAAAACAUCGUCGCCGCCUUCAACAAUGCGAUCCAUGAGAUCAACACUCAACAACAACAAAUUCAAGCCAUGGAUUUCUUCAGUCCAAGAUCGAUAGAGGAACAUAACAAUCCUUUUCCUUUAGGAUUUGAUGCUGGUUGUGAAAUGCCAUUUCUUGGGGUUAGCGGCGGCGAGGCAGUGGUGGACGGAUCGUCAGCCUCGUCAGCCUUUGGCCGAAGACCGGGUGGUGGGUCCACGGGUCAGAGGCAGUCGAGAAAGAGGAGGGAGAAUAGAGGGAUGACGACGGUUAGGGUUCCAGCGGUGCGCACGGGGAACAUGGAGAACCCGCCGGAUGAUGGCUAUACAUGGAGGAAAUAUGGGCAAAAGGAUAUUCUUGGAUCAAGAUUUCCAAGAAGCUACUUCCGAUGCACCCACAAGAGCUUCUACGGGUGCGAUGCAAAGAAACAAGUCCAGAGGCUCGAUGAAGACCCUUACACGUACGAGGUCACCUACUGCGGUGAUCACACGUGCCACACCUCCACAACUCCUCUCGUUCUUCCGUCAUUGCUCACCAACAACGAUCCCCAGCCUCAAACCUCAGCAUUGAUGUUCGACGCAAUUGCACAAAUACCGCAAGUACCCCCAUCCACCUCUAUUCAGCUCGGCAGCACUUGGUUCGAUGCCGGCAGGGAUGAAGCCGGAGCGGGCCAGGUGGUGGGCCCGUCAGAGUGCCCCGUGGCGGAUUUGGCGGAUGUUAUGUUUAAUUCAGGGAGUAGUGGGAGCAGCAUGGAUGCCAUUUUUUCAUUGAGGCAGCAACAUGAUCAGAGUUGGCCCAAGGAUAACGAGGAGUAG